AAAAUUGAGAACCUUCUUGCUGACAACGACUCUUUAUUAGAUAUCUGUACCAGUGGUACACUUGCUACCACUUUUCUCAACAAAUCAGAUCAACAACAAGGAGCCGCUAAAUGUGAGGUGAUAGCGGAAAAUAUGUGGGAUGGCUAUCAGUGUGAGUUAAGAAUAAGGGGGGAACUACAUACCUUAGAUUUUAGCAUAGAGAACAGCAUGGAUGUAUAA